AUGCAUUUAAUGUUAGACAAACCUUUUGUUCAUUUAGAUGAAUUUUCUGUCAAGUUAUUAUUGAAAGGGAUUACUAGAAAGAAACAGCAUUUACCACUACAAGCGUUAGCUAUUACUGUAGAUAUGUUAUUAGAUAUUAAUAGAGUUAUAAAUCACGACGAUCCAAAGCAGUGCACUAUAUGGUGUUUAUUUUUAUUUGCCUUUUUCUUAAUGGCGCGCAAAUCUAAUUUAGUACCUGAUUCUAAAAUGUCUUUUGACAAAGAUAAACAGUUAACCAGAAAUAAAGUAAUUUUAGAGGGUAAUAUUGCUAUUGUAAUUUUUAAUUGGUCAAAAACCAUACAGAUGGGCAAUCGAAUUUUGAAGAUACCAUUGAUUGAAAAUACUAGAUCUGCAUUAUGUCCAUUAAGAGCUUAUAGAAAUAUGUGUAAAUUAAUUCCUGCCGCCGGAGAUAGUCCAGCCUUUUUAUUUCCUAGUAAACACAAGUUAGUUCCUGUGACUUAUACAGAUUUUCAGCGGUAUAUUAAAGAGUUUUUUAGUAAGAUAGACAGGAAUCCACGACUAUUUUCUACUCACAGUUUCCGCCGAGGGGGUGCGACCUUUGCUUUUGAAUCUAAGGUACCUGCAGAGUUAAUACAAGUUCAUGGUGAUUGGGCAAGUGAUGCCUAUAAAUCAUAUCUUCAAUUUUCUUUAUCCGAAAAAGUCUCUGUUGCUAAGGCCAUGACUAAAUUUAUCCCUUAA